AGGGUAAUGACAUCAUAAUGUGCAAUGUCAGCUUUUGAGUAUUUAUAGAGAAUUCUUUGCUGUUUCUGUCAAAUAUGUUGUAAUCUUUGGUAGUCUCAGUUUUCAAUAACUAGGUUAAUGUAACUAAGUCACCAGAGCCCUCCUUUGGAAAGCCCAUCUGCCCCAAGAAUGACGGACUACCUAUCAGUCAAAUUACGAACUUUUCUCGGGGAACCUAUAGGAGAGAAGUGUGUUUCCUUUGUGGAUGGAGUGGAUAAAGACCUUGCAGUCAAAUUAAUAGAGAGUGGUUUUGAUAAGGCAUAUGUAUUGUUGGGCCAGUACCUCCUCAUGCACAAGAAAGAAGACGACUUCCAGAUGUGGCUCAUGCUAGCAUGUGGAGCUACUCAGCGAGAAGCCCAGAAGAUCUCCAGAUGCCUUCGAGAAUGGAGUAUCACCUUUCUCUGAAGACUUAGGUCCACUGCAUCUUUCAUAUAGUAACUUUGAAUUACAGCAUUAAAGUUCUCUUAAAGAGCAUUGAAAAUUCA